CUUUCUCCUCUCUCUCUCUCAAACCUUCUCUCCUGUCUCUCUCUAUCUCUUUCUCUCUCUAAAGCACUUCUCUUAACCUCGUACCUGAAUUCUCUCCUUGUUUGCUCUCUCUCUCUCUCUCUCUCUCUCCAUAGGCUUAAGAGCUGUAAUUGAGUAGUUUUUUUCGUAUUCUCCCCCUUUCUCCUUGAUUAUUCUUAUUCGUCUUCUACUCAAUCUGUAACUUGAAUUCCAAUUUUUGAAUUACUAUUGACAAGCCCUUUCUUUGGUUUGGCAUCAAAUCUAGCUGGAAUUACCAAUUGGUUGUAGGCUUGAAGCAAGAGAUUGAACAGAAAAUCCUUCAGUGUUUCAGUACGCGGACUCGCAACUCAGCCCCUGCUGGAAAUGAUUAAAAGCACCUAAUCUUUGUUAGAAAAAAUAUCUUAGCUAGAUGAUUUUAGAAAUACAUAUUUGUUUCAUUUAUAUGGUUUUUAUGGUGAUUUUAACUGAAACAUUGGGCAAAAUUGGUUCGAUCUAUUGCAUAAAUUUGAAGAAGGUCAUUCUUAGUACAGUCGAGUUGGAAAUGGAAAACCAUUGGAAACUAUUUCAAUUCUGGUCCUAUGGUGUCUUCUUUGUUGCACUAUUUCAAAUGAAGUUGGAGGUUUGCUGGUCCCUGAAUCCUGAAGGAUUCGCUUUGCUGAAAUUUCAUGAGAGAGUGGAGACAGAUCCGUAUAAUAUGUUACUUAGUUGGAACGGCAAUGCUGAUGAUCCAUGCACGUGGUUUGGAGUUCUGUGCUUGGAUGGCAAUAUAGUCAUGCUGAACUUAAAAGGGCUUCAUCUUAAAGGAUUGCUUGCACCAGAACUUCGAGACCUUAUUCACUUAAAAUAUCUUAUCCUAAAUAACAAUCAUUUCUAUGGAAAUAUUCCAAAAGAGCUUGGAGAAUUGAAGGAGCUUGAGAUCGUAGAUUUAGGACACAAUAAACUGAGUGGACAUCUUCCAUCUGAGCUUGGCAAUAUUUUGACAUUGAAAUGCCUUUUUCUACACAACAAUAUGCUCCAUGGUGGCCUACCUUCAAAGAUUCAAGAGCUUAAAAUGCUUACAGAGCUUCUAGUUGAUGAUAAUUUAUUAUCAGAUUGUGCACAAGGACCACGCUACAGAAGUAAAAGUUCUGGAAGCAGGAACAUGGCCAUAGCAGUAGACCCUGUACAACGCAGAUUGCUCCAAAAUUCCAGGAAUGUUCUUGCCCCUCGUACAAAUGAUUCUUCACCGAAGGAAAACGAGAAUCCUCCCACGGAGAGUGGUAUUAGUCCACCUCAAAGAAAUCCGCCCUUAUCAGCUCCAUCUCCAUCCCCUGCACAAUCGCCAUCAGCAUUACAUUCUCCAAGAGGAAAGUUUGAAUCAUCCCACAAUAAUUCGUCUUCAUCUAGUGAGCAUUCAACUUCCGGUUCUACAGAAGCUGAUUCUCCUAUCAGGUCACCAACCUCUAACCCCACAGCUACCUUUGUUGACAGUCCACAUAACUCGGAAAAAAUGUCACCUCGAUCAGACAAAACUUCAUUUCCAAGAAAAAUAUACAUCUCAGUGCUCUCUGUGGCAGCCUUCCUCUUGAUCGUGUCCUACAUCUUGUUUGUCUUUUGUCGUAACCAUGGAGUAGUAUCCAUCAGACCAUGGAGGACUGGAUUGAGUGGUCAAUUGCAAAAAGAGUUUCUCAAAGGUAUACCUAGAUUGCAGUUCUCAGACAUAGAAUCUGCUUGUGAAGAUUUCAGUAAUGUUAUUGGUUCUUCCAUGGAUAACAUUGUCUUCAAAGGUACUCUGAAUAAGGUUGAAAUAGCAGUGAUAUCUACAACAGUAAACUCUGCCAAGGAUUGGUCCGAAAACUCAGAAGGGUGUUUCAGGAAGAAGAUUGUUUUGUAUUCACGGUUGAAUCACAAGAAUUUGUUAAAUUUUCUUGGAUAUUGUGAGGAAGAGGAGCCUUUUGUAAGGAUGUUGGUUUUUGAGUAUGCUUCAAAUGGGACUCUCUGUGAGAAUCUACAUGUUAAAGAAGAAGAAACUCUGGAAUGGACUUCCAGGAGAAGAAUCGUGAUGGAGGUGGCAUGUUGCCUCAAAUACUUGCAUGAGCUGAACCCACCCUUACUCCACACUAACCUCGACUGCAACUCCUUCUACUUAACAGACAACCAGAUUCCCAAGCUCUCACUAGAACUCGUCCCAAGAGGGACUGAAGCUUCCAUCAAUAUAGAAUGUAUGCAUUUAGAUUUUGAGGAAAAUGUCUAUAGUUUUGGCUUGAUUUUGCUUGAGAUGAUAACUAGCAAGCACCCUUAUAGGCCUUCAGGGAAUGGGCUGGCGGAGUGGGCCAUUGGUGUUCUUAAGGGAGAUAGGCCACCACUUGAUUUAACAGACUAUGACAUGAACCCAGAGAUUGUUGUAGCUGAAGUUGAUGGAGUAUGCGAGGUUAUGAGGUGCUGUAUGGAUAGCGAUUGGAGUCGGAGGCCAACAAUGAAGGAGGUGGUAAAUAGGUUGAGAAGUGUCAUAAAUCUAACACGCGACCAUUUGGGAUCUUUGAGGGAUCAUAUUAGGCUGGUGAUGAAUGAGGGUAAUGAAGACUGAUCAAGUUAUUUGAUUUUUCUUUGCUUUAUCAGUUUUAAUUUAUGAGGUUUGGUUACUUCAAAUCUCUGUGGCAAUGUAUAUAUUCUUCUUUCCCAAAAUGGAGAAUGUAUAAAAAAUUUCAUUCUUUCUUUUUAGUGUUCUUGGUUAGCAAAAUCAAUUGCUAGAUGUGUACAGUUUUUCUUUUCUUUGUAUGAAUCUAAAGAGACAAUAGUAGGAUUUUCUUUGAAAUUCUUCUGGUCUUGGUAUAA